GUUUCAUAAAAAAAUGAAAUGAAAUCGUAAAUUUGGGUUACGUGUUUGUUUUGUUGUUUAGACUUUCUUCUAGACAAACACAGUUCCCCCCCUUCCUCUCCCCAACCAUGGCUAAACCGCCACAGUCGUAAGUUGUAGCAACCAUAUUCCAUAAGAUUUAAUUAGUAGAACAUCAUAUUAUUCUUUAUCUUUGUGAACUUCUUCUAAAUCAAAAUGUCAACUUUGCCAUAUUUAAUUUCCUUGUUCAUCCUCGUAUCACUGUUACCCCACAGAACAACAAAAGGUGAAGAGUUCUUCACAUGUGAAAGGACAGCAUCAUGCGAAACCUACGGACUUCCAAUUCGGUUUCCGUUUUCAUUAAACCAAUCAAAUCAAACCAAUCUUUGUAGUUACCCAGGUUUCGACCUCACGUGCACCAACACCACCACCACCACCUUCAGUGAACCCUUACUCACUCUUCCAAAUUCUGAAAGCUUUGUUGUGAAACGCAUCUCCUUUGUUGAUCAAGUAGUUUGGGUCAACGAUCCCAACAUUUGCUUCCCAAAACGUUUCAUGUUUGACCAAAACAACUUCAUGUUAAACCUUAAAGAUUCACCGUUUCGGUUAAGUGAUUAUUACACUUUUGUUAAUUUUUCAUUCCUAAAUUGUCCUUCCAAUUCAACCGUAAUAAAUUUAGUACCACCUAUAAGUUGUUUGAAUUUAAGCUCUAUUAGUAGUAUCAACAACGAUAAGAACAUGAAUUAUUCGAUUGUGGCUAUGAUGUCUGAUCCUCCUUUUGCUACACCAUGGACAUCAUUAUGUGAAUUUAUUUCGUCAACUUUGAUACCUGUGGAAGAGACGAAUUGGUUGUUUUGGACUGAUUAUUAUUCUAACAUACCCUUGCAGUGGGAUGAUCCUGAUUGUGGAAAUUGUGAAGCACGUGGAGGAAGAUGUGGAUUGGUUGGGGAUGAUGCUCUUCGUCUUGCUUGUUAUGAUCUUCCCACCCAAGGUCUUUCAAGGAAAGUCAAGUAUGGUUUAAGCCUAGGUUUGGGAAUACCUGGACUCCUAGGUCUAAUUAUGCUUACAUUGAUGUUAUGCAAAAACAAGUACACAAGGAAUCAAGUACAACGUCAAACAAGCACUGAAUUUUCAACCUUUAUUAUGACGCACCCCCCGAUUUUCGUUAUGGGCCUCGACGGGGCAACAAUCGAAAGAUACCCUAAAACCCAGCUUGGUGAAAGUGGACGAUUGCCUAGGCCUAGUGACAACACUUGCUCUAUAUGUCUUUGUGAGUAUCAGCCAAAUGAAGUAUUGAGGACAAUUCCUGAGUGUAAUCACUAUUUUCAUGUGAAUUGUAUAGAUGGAUGGCUCAAGACAAAUGCUACCUGCCCUUUGUGUCGAAAUUUUCCAGAGAGAUCUACUUCAUUUUCUUCGGUUUUGCCUGUAUCUCCAACUUCUUAAUAAUUGUCAUUGUAAUUAAUUAUUACUACUCAUUAUCAGUAUGUUAUGAUAGAUACAAAUUAUUUUACUACAAGUGGAGCAGGCGAGUGUAAUUUUUCUAUUGUAAAUUUAUUUAUCUAGCAAAAUUUAAGGAAUGUCAUGUCAUA